AUGUUCACUCCAUCUCUUCGUUCUUUCUUGUAUGCCUUCUGUCUCUCAGCGGCUGUCGUCUCAGCUGCUCCAGGACUGUCUCUUUCCCUAUCCGGUGCUGAUUCUGUGGUUGAUGUUGAGAACCUUUCCGUUUCAGCCACCCUCACCAACACUGGUAAUACGACCAUGAAGAUUCUCAACGACCCUUCUAGUAUCUUGUCGCCGACCUUUUCAACCAACACCUUCGCUAUCAACAGCGCCUCAGGUUCUCCGUCUUUCGUCGGUAUGAAGGUCAAGUACAAUCCUUUGUCCGUCGUGAAAAAGAACCGAGAACAGUCUUUCACCGUUCUUUCUCCGGGUGAAUCCGUCACUGUCGAUCAUUCAUUGGCCAACGCGUACAAUUUUACUGGAUCCGGAGAGACCUCUUACACCAUUGCGCCGUCCACGUUGUUCUACUACAUCGAUGCCGAUACCAACGAACUUAGGACCAUCAACGCUGAGACCGCCCAGAAACAUAGUGCUAAGCUCUCUGGGACCCUGGCCGUUGCCCGCCGUGAACUAGAUAAGAGGAUUGCUUAUAACAGCUGCUCCACUUCCGAGCAGAGCACACUCGUUACUGCCGCUGCUGCUGCUCAGACCUAUGCCGAAAAUGCCCAAGCAUACCUCGACGAGAACACUUCCUCGACCACUCGCUACACGACAUGGUUUGGUGAAUACAAUUCGUCCCGCCACGCAGAGGUCCUCAGCCACUUCUCCAACAUGCUCGAUCACCCUUACGCCGACUACACGUACGAUUGUAGUUGCACCGAUACUGACACCUAUGCCUAUGUGUACUCCGAUUCCUUUGGUACCAUCUAUCUCUGCGGCGCCUUCUGGGAUGCUCCCACCACUGGCACUGAUUCUAUGGGCGGAACUCUAAUCCAUGAAUCCUCUCACUUCACCAUCAUCGCUGGUACUGACGACUACGUCUAUGGCCAGUCUGGUGCCCAGUCCCUCGCUGAGAGCAACCCAGAUGAAGCCAUAUUCAACGCCGAUAGCCACGAGUAUUUCGCUGAGAACAACCCUGAACUGUCUUAA